CAGCCAUGUAUUCCUUCUCAGCAGAUAGUAGACGAGUUCAUACGGAACAAAAGAGCGGCAACCUCGAUUGGUCCAGGGAUAGGAGGAAGAGGUGACCAACAAUCUGAAGAAAGAAAAAGAGCCAACAAGUGAUCUUGUAGCUAGGUUGUGUUGCAUAAAUCUCUGGUGGCAGAGGCUAGAGAUUACCUCAAUAAUCUGAGAAAAAAAAAGGAGAUUGCAUGGUACACAGCGAUUAGAAUGGCAGAUCCAGUGGUCAUCGUGGAGAAGAUCAUCGACAUUGCGAUCAAUCUCAAGGAUGCCGUGGAGACAGUUCGGGAGAACAAGGAGGAGUGUCGCGGCAUCGAGAAGCUCGUGCGCAGAAUCAGUGACCUGCUGUCGCUGCUCAAGGACUCGGAGAUGAUGAGGCACAAAGUGAUUGGCGGCCCGCUAGAGGAUCUUGGGGAUGCCAUCAGACGCGCUCAUGAUGUCGUAACAGCCUGCCAGGGGAAGAACAUCCUGUGUCUCUUCUGCAAGGCCGGGAAGCUGGCCAAGAAGUUGAGCCAGGUAAAGAACGACAUAUCACAUGGGAUGAUGCUGGCCAUCUUUGCCAACCAAACCGCCGCCACCGUGUUUGUGGCAACGAAAGGCCAGCAAAGUUCUGUGACUGUCAAUGUGUUCCCUGUUCGGACAUACCAACCACCUCCCCUGUCCGAACAUCUACCAUCUCGCCCUACUGUUUUUGUUGAUGAUGACCUCCAGCCUAGUUUGCCCACACAUGAAGGUUCUUUUCAUCCUCCUGAUGAUGUUCUUGGCAAUGACAUACGUCCUAGUCGGCCUCAUUCGCACACAUCCCCUCCUCGUACCAAUGUAGUAGCUCCACCUUUGUCCAAACACCUACCUCGUCGUCAACCCAGACAACCAACACCAGCACUGCCUACACCUCCACCACCUCCUCCUCGUAUGACCCGAUACAAACCGUCGCCACCGCCAACUCCUCCAUCACCACCACCACCACCACCACUUCCUCUUCCCACAUAUGUAACUUCUCCAAUGUCUGACCAUCAGCCUCAACGUUCAUCCACACCACCAUCACCUCCUCGCCGUCCUCCCAUCGCAAAUAUAGCUCCUCCUCUAUCCAAACAUCAACCUCCUUCUCCACCCACACAAUCAUCAUUACCACCACCAUCACGACCUACUCCUACUAAUCCUAUCACAAGUACAGGUCUAGCAAAGCCUGGGCAUCUACCACGUCCAUCUUCACAUGUACCUCAUUCUACCUCACAGAAUAUUGCAGACAUUUCAGCCCCUAUUUCUGGUCCUGUCUCCCUCACUCCAUCAGAAGAUGAUUGCAGCAUAUCUGAUGAAAGAAAAAAUAAACGAGCAGAGAGCGAGGCACCAUCUCAUCCUUUACCAGGCUUAACAAAGUUCAGUUUGACUGAGUUGAAGAACGCUACACAGAAUUUUUCAGAGAAAAACAAGAUUGGAUCAAACGACUUUAGUACUGUCUACAAGGGUAUAUUGCACGACCGACUCCUGGUUGCCAUCAAGAAAUUUCGUGAUCCACCUCCAUUUCUAGUGGCGCGAUUGAGUACCGAACUUCAUCUUGCUUCAGAGCUCCAGACCAAGGAUGUGGAGGCUUUGAGGGAUAACAAGUAUAUUAUCAGAAUUCUGGGAUAUGGCCACGAAUUCAUGUGGGAGAAUCAGUGCCUUCAAACUCACAUUUUUCUUGUCGAAGAAUACUUGCCGAACGGAAACAUGGGAAACAAUAUUUAUGGAGAAUAUCGACUUCAUUGGUCCUCCCUCUUCAAGAUAAUCCAGGGGCUAGCCCAAGGCCUAAAGUGCCUGCAUGAGCAAAACAUUGUCCAUAGGAAUGUGAAACCAGCCAUCGUCCUCUUGGACUCUGAUAUGAAUCCUAAGAUAACUGAUUUUGGAAUAGCUAGAAUCUUGGAGAAACCGAUGGUUCAUGACAAUAACAUAGCCGGCACAGUGGGAUAUAUGCCUCCUGAAUAUAUCUUGGAAGGUAUUUUGUCGACUAAAUACGAUGUGUACAGCUUCGGUGUCACCCUCCUUGAGACCAUUAGCGGUAUGUGCAGAUCUGAACCUGCCCGUCACCAUGCUUCAAUUCCAUGGGCCUGGAAUGUGCGAGAAAAUCAACAAAUGGGUGAGUUGUUUGAUCAAUCCUUGUUCGAGAUAUCUCAGUUAACAGAGAUAAAGAGGUGCUUGGAGAUAGGACUACUAUGCACUCAGUCUGAGUGGGUGGAGCGGCCUACCAUGGCUGAAGUUCUUGACAUGCUUAGUGGCAAGGUAGUAGGGUUAGGAACCCCAAAGCAACCCGAAUACACCAAAGAAAGGGUCAUGACUUCCAAAGGGGCCAGCCGUAAGGUCAGAGGUGGGAGGUAGCAACGCGCCGAAAUGGCAUGUUGCAUCUCUGAAAUCUAUAUAUAGUAUACUCAUGCAAACCCUCGUCACUCGGCAUAUCUACUGUUUCCGAUAGUGUCAUACACUUGUGUAAAUAUUAUCUACAAAAAGAAUCCGUUGUGAAGUUGUAAAUACUGUCGUUGAGAAUCAAUUGUUAAGUGUAUGUGUGAAUGA